GGAUUCACAGCUUGAUGCUGUGGAGCCUAUGAAUGGACUGGUUAAAGACUUUUGGCGUUGUUUUAUAGUUCCCCGGCAGUAUACGACCACUCUACACAAAGUUCGAUGUGCUGGAUAGCAAGCUAACCAUAGCAUUAUCCAUCUAGUUAAGGAGCUAGCUGCACUGCCUGCCUUCCGCCGAGGUGCACUUCCCCCACUCUCCCUCCAGCCGGCUAGCCGCAGCGUUAGUCCGGUACAUAAAAUGAAGCGACCAUCAGCGUUUUGGGAAGCUGUGUGGCUGUUUGGAUUUUGCUGAUGUAUGAGGAGACGAUAUUGUUUUUGUGAGAUCUCUGUCAAGGAGGUCAACAUCAAUACGGGGGAUGGACGAGCAGAAAACAAACUGCGAUGAAAAUGAAUCUGAACCAACAGCUGAUGAUAAUGCCCCUACGAAGAAGCUUGUCUCCUCCUCUGAGGAGUCCAAAGCCCUUCCUGCUGCCGAGGACCUGUCUGGUGCUACCUCAGCCCCGUCCAGCACACCUGAUGGUAGCGUCCGAGCUUGUGUGCUCUGUAACUGUGUGGAGCGGAGCCUGCACGGCCAGCGGGAGCUGAGACACUUUGGGCCGUCUUCUGAACGGCCGACCCUCAAGCCAUCAGCUUCCCUACUGCCACAGCCCGGAAAUGAUGACCUGUCUUCCAUUGGAUUUUCCGACUCCCCCUGUCUGGCAUCGUUCUUUGACGACUCAGGGGGCUGUUUGGUUCAUCACUGGUGUGCUGCGUGGUCGGAGGGGGUGAAACAGGUGGAUAAUGAGGAGCUGGAGAAUGUGGAUAAGGCCGUUAUCUCAGGGACACAGCGGCUUUGCGAAUACUGCAAAAGGCUGGGUGCAACCAUUCGAUGCCAUGCUGAGGGCUGCUCGCGGUUCUACCACUUCCCCUGCUCGGCGGCCAGUGGAUCCUUCCAGUCCAUGAAGCAGCUGGUCCUCCUCUGUCCAGAGCACAUAGACAAGGCGGAGGAGUUGGCAGGUGAGGAGUCUUGGUGUGCAGUGUGUGACUCAGCGGGGGAGCUCACAGACUUGCUGUUCUGUACGGGUUGUGGCCUACAUUAUCAUGCGGCCUGUCUAGAGAUCGGUGCCACGCCUAUCCAGCGGGCAGGAUGGCAGUGCCCAGAGUGUAAAGUUUGCCAGACGUGCAGGCAACCAGGUGAAGACUCCAAAAUGUUGGUAUGCGAUGCCUGUGAUAAGGGCUACCACACCUUCUGCCUCCAGCCAGCCAUGGAUUCUCUUCCCUCUGACCCAUGGAAAUGCAGAAGGUGUCGUGUGUGUACGGAGUGUGGUGUCCAUGGACUGGGGCUGCCAGGUUCGGCCCAGUGGUUUGACAACUACGCCGUGUGUGAGGGCUGCCAGCGGCACCGCAGCUCGGUGUGUGGUGUGUGCAGCAAAGCUGCCAACACAUCUGUCACUCUGCAGAGCUGCAGCACAUGCCACAGAUCGGUGCACAGUGAAUGUUCUUCACCGGGGGAGCUUCCAGAAGCAAAGUGCAUUUGCCGGCUUUGCAAGGAGGGUCAGCUGCAGCCUGUCACUAAAUCAUACACAGCAGAGAUACAAACCAGAGAGGCGUCUGAGGAGACUGUGGAUUUGGUGGAGGCGACAAUCCAAACAGAUGCAGACAUGGUGACAGAAGAGCACACAGACUUAUCAGAGCUGGCACCAGGGCAGAAAGGUGCAUCGGAGAAGGUUCAGGACGAGGCCACGACUGAUAAAGAGACUCCCAUGGUCCUGGGGGUGGAGUCCGCAGUUGUUGAGACACCAGCCGUUGGGGAGAAGUUGAAGCAGGACGAGCCGCAGGGAGCAACAGAAGAAUCGCCUUCUGAGGCUCCCGCUGUUCAGACUGAGGCCACAGAUUGUGCAACAAAAGAACAGAGGGCCUCUUGUCUACCUACUGAUGAAGAGAGGGUAACAGAGGCAGUCAGCCGUGGGACUAAAGACGCCCAGGCCCAGGCCCCUCCAGCAGAGACACAGUCUGACAACCCUAAAGAAGAACCAUCACCGGUGUCAGAGCAGGGUCCUGAAAACAUGGAGGUGGAGAAGGAGGAUAAGCAAGAAACCACUCCAUCAGUGGAACAAGAAGUACCAUCAGAGCCAUUAAAAAAUGUCUCCAAAGUCACGCACGUCCCACCACCAUCCAGUAAGGAUCCACCAAAGUUACCAUCUUCUCCUGCCUCUGUGGACAAAACGGAGCACUCGCCUAUGGAUAAUCGGCAAGAAAGAAGUCCAUGCCCGGACCCUCAGUCUCCUUCUCCUCUUUCUAUAUCAGGAGACACACAAGAGGCCCUGUCGUCUAUGGAAAUGGAGCGGAGGUUACUACCUCACUCUGAGGAAGAGGAUGAUGAUGACGAGUAUGAUGAGCAAAUGAAAGGAGAUGGACUUAUUGACGACAUAAAGCGGGAGCCGGACGAUCUGUCCUACCUGAGCCAUGGAGACGAGAGCAGCAGCGGCUUUCUGGGCUCUCCAGGAGAACAAGACCCUCAGCUCUCCAUGGAGCUCGGCCACUCGCACGCAGAUAACCUGCUGUCUGAGACCGAUGACUCGCUUCCCUUCGAGCCCCUCAGAGGCGACAGAGAGAAGGUGAAACGCAGAGGGUCCCCCGGUCGCUCGCGGGUCAAACAGGGGCGAAGCAAUAGUUUUCCUGGGAAGCGCAGACCCCGAGGAGGCGGUGGAGGGAGAGGGCGGGGUGGGAGGUCCCGCCUCAAAGCCAUGGCUUCCUGCAUCGACGCUUUCUUGCUAAGCAUGACCACAGACACUGGAGUGAGUAAAGAGGAAGACGAGGAGGAAGACGACACCAUGCAGAACACAGUGGUUCUUUUCUCAAACACUGAUAAAUUUGUCCUGCUCCAGGAUAUGUGUGUUGUGUGCGGCAGUUUUGGAAAGGGUUCAGAGGGGCAGUUGUUGGCUUGUGCUCAGUGUGCCCAGUGUUACCAUCCUUACUGUGUGAACAGCAAAAUCACCAAGACGAUGCUCCGUAAGGGCUGGCGCUGUCUGGAAUGUAUUGUGUGUGAGAUGUGUGGAAAGGCUUCGGAUCCCUCCCGUCUGCUGCUGUGUGACGACUGUGAUGUCAGCUAUCACACCUACUGCUUGGACCCGCCCCUGCACAAUGUCCCCAAGGGUGGUUGGAAGUGCAAAUGGUGUGUGUGCUGCGUCCAGUGUGGUUCAAACACCCCAGGUUUCCACUGUGAGUGGCAGAACAACUACACACACUGUGGCCCCUGUGCCAGCCUCGUCACUUGUCCAGUUUGCAGAGAGAACUUCAUGGAGGAGGAGCUGCUGCUGCAGUGUCAGUACUGUGAUCGAUGGCUCCAUGCUGUCUGUGAGAGUUUGUACACAGAGGAUGAGGUGGAACAAGCUUCUGAUGAAGGCUUUGCAUGCACAUCCUGCAGCGCAUAUGUUCCAAAACCUGUGGUAGAGUCAGCAAUUAUGGCUUCAAUAAAGAUCAAAGAGCCAGAACCCCAGUUCUACCGGUUGGAAGGUGUGUGGCUGACAGAGUCGGGCAUGUCCCUGCUUCGCAGCAUCUCCAUGUCUCCUCUGCACAAGAGACGGCAGCGCCGCUCCCGUCUCGGGGCUCUGUGCUGUGAAGGAGGCUCUGAUGGGAUGGAUCUGAGGGAGGGUGACGAAGGAUGUGGGGAGCCCAUGGAAUGUGAAUCCAAAAUGGAGAACCCUGGGAGCCCUGACAGAGAAGGAGGUGCAGACGUAGGCCCUGAUGGCAUGGCCGACUGCGAUGGUGUCAAAGGAGGAGCAGAGGAGACUGAGGACAGCAAAAAAAGAAAGCGGAAACCUUACAGGCCUGGAAUUGGAGGCUUCAUGGUGCGACAAAGGAAGUGUCACACACGGAUGAAGAAAGAGUUCUUCGCCCAGCUUGCUGGAGAGACUACAUUAGAUGGACAGCCAAUAGAGAGAACCAUUGACGAGGGACCUCACCCUGACACAGAUAACAUCAUGGAUCCUAAACCAGUGGAGGGCGAGGAACAGGCCAAGAAGCGACGGGGACGGAAGAAGAGCAAACUUGAGGACAUGUUUCCAUCUUAUCUCCAGGAGGCUUUCUUUGGGAAGACACUUAUAGACUUGGGUAAGAAAGCUGUGAUGACACCUCCAGGGCAGAGGCCGGGCGCAUGCCUGGUCCGACCUUCAUUACCAGCACCGUCAGGGGUCAGAACUUCUGCCCCAGAGAAUGAAGAUCGUGUGGUGAAAGAAUAUUUUCUUAUCAAGCAAGAGGGGGGUGAUGGCCCCCAGGCUCAGGCAGAAGGUGCAGGAGUUUCUGCACCGUCCUCAUCACUGAAAGAACAGGCGUCAACUGAUCCUCAUGACUCUGAUGCAGAAAAGAGUGAAGGUCUUCCGUUAGGGGUGGAAAGUCAGGACUCUGAGCAGUUCUUCAGGAAGGUUCUGGGAUCGUCAGACGGCUCCUCUUUGGGGGGCAUGAAGCCCAUCUUGGAGGGCAGUAAGGGAGAACUCAAUCGUAGCGCUUUGCCGCAGAGAGCUCUCCUCUCAGGGUCCCUGCCCUCCGCUGGAAUGAUGGAUGGUUUUCCUGGCCUCUCUCAGUCACCGUUCUUUGAUAUGCGGGAGCGAGGAGGAUUGUUCAGUCCAGAUGGAAGUGAGGAAAGCGCCUGGGCCAAUCCCUCUACCCCAGUAACCCCUUCCUCCCCACCGACCCCCACUGAGGGAGAAAGUGAUGGGCUGUCCUACAACCAGCGCAGCCUCCAGCGGUGGGAGAAAGACGAGGAGCUGGGAGAACUCUCAACCAUUUCCCCGGUGCUUUAUGCCAAUACCAACUUUCCCACUCUCAGACAGGACUACCCAGACUGGGCUAAUCGCUGUAAACAAAUCAUGAAGGUCUGGAGGAAGGUGUCAGCUGCUGACAAGGUUCCAUAUCUGCAAAAGGCCAAAGAUAACCGAGCAGCUCAGAGGAUCAACAAGGCGCAGAAGCAGGCGGAGAGUCAGGUGUGCAGGCCUAUAAAGACGGAGGGAGUGCGUGUGAAGACGGAACGGCCUAGUUUGCACCUCCAGAUCCCUCCACCUUCAGGCUCUACAUCCAUCUCUUCCCAGCCCAGUUCUGCAGAAAGUCCAUUUCCCUUCCCUCCAGAUUCAGGAUCCUCCUCUGUCUUUUUCUCAGACGGGCCUCUUAGGACUCCGGGUUCGGCUGAAAUCCGGACAGAUCCCUUGGCCAAGCUUCCUCCUCAGUCACCUCAUUCUCACUCUCACCCAACCACACCGUUCCCCCAUGCUGGGGCCAGCCCUUUACAGGCCUCUUCCUCAGGUUAUUCCGCUUCCGGCCCACAGGGUCCUCCUCAGGGACGGCCAGCCAGUCUUGGCCCCUUUGACAUGCAACCAGGAACUCCUGGAACCCCCAGACGGGCUCAGCAGGUUGACCCCUACUUCAGAUCACAGCUGCAGCAGCAACAGGGUCAUCUACCACAAUCACAGCAAGGCUCCCAGGAGUCACUCGGACUUCCAGAAAGUCCUCAUUCGAGAGGUUCAGGGCUUGGGGAGUCGCCAAUAUUCUCACCACCCCACAACACCCAUUACGGAGACCCUUUCAGAAACCAGCAAGGGAUGGGCCGGCCUGAAUAUGGUUCAUCCCCGUCGCCUUCUGCAGUGGCUUCCUCCCCUGCAGGGCAGUACAGGGCUGAUAUGAGCGCCCCCUCUCCACGCUCCUCUGCUGGGAGGCCUGAUCUAUCCACUGGCUCUCCUGCUGGGAUGCUGGACUCGGGGGAUGGUUUGUUCAAGGCACCUAUGACCCCACGAAUGCACCAAGGGGAGGUGCAUCCUGGAGCAUCUCCAGGACACCCCUCUGAAGGCUACAGGCAGUCUCCUUCUCACUCUUUCUCUGACCCCCACGCCCAGUCACCACUGACUCCCAGGCCGCAGUCAGCCGACAAUUGUCCUCUCGGGCUCCAGAGACAUCCUGUUGCUCAACAGGAAAUGUGCCCUCGAGUGCCCUCCAGCCCAAAUUCACAGGGCAGCUCUCAGUCUCCCCACACUCCCGGGGGCCUCUCCAAUGAUGCUUACUCUGUCCAUUCUCCUGCUACGCCUCGUUUCCAAUCCCCGGACCCUUGUUCUCAGCCACCUUCAAGGCCACAAUCUAGAGACCCUUUUGCUACUCUCCACAAACCCCCUCGCCCCCCUUCUGUUGCCCCAGAGGGAACAGCAAGUUACAAAGGCUCACCCAAUCCUCACCAGCCACCUCCACUACAUCCCACCAACAGUUCCAUAGGGGACCCUCUCUCUGGUAAACCGUCAGCACCUCUUACUUUCAGUCGCAGCCCCAGCACGGGAGGCUUCCAAAUGACCCAACAGCAGAGUCAGAUGUUACAGGGUCAGCUUCAGCAACAACAGCCACAAACUCUACAGACAGACGGCUUUGGCUCCAGGGGGCCAAAUCUCUCCGGAUCUCAAGAUCUGAUGGCUGUCCGCCCUCCAGAUGCACAUCAGCAGCCUGGCCUGCCAGGCACUCCAGAAAUACCUGACAUUUCAGCAGUUCAGGACCCUGCCUUAGUCGGCCUCAGCCCCUCUGAGCUAGAGAAGCACCGACAGCGACUCAGACUACGGGAAUUCUUAAUCAGACAAAAACUGCAGAGAAACACCAUCAGACAAGAGAAGGAGGCUGCUGCAGCGGCUGCUGCUGGCAGUGGAUCCCCUGGCUGGCCUGGAGGAGAGAUGGGAGCCUUUCAACAAGACAAGGCCCACAGAGCACCGCCACCUUAUCCACAGGAUCGUGUUGCUACUGGUCAGGCUUCUAUGACAACAAAGAUGCCUAUGACUGGAGGCAUGGGGGUCAUUCGCCCUCCACCUACAGGAACCCCUGCCAUCAUGGAUCCUAAUGCACUAAGGCAACCAGGGCCCCCCAGACCUCAGGGCAUGUAUGUUCGUCAACCGUUCCCUCCUCAGUGGCAGGGCCAGGCUCAAGGCCCAAGGAGGUUCCCCCAGCCCGGCAUGGAGGCCAUGGGCAUAAGACACAAUCUCAACCCUGCUGUCAACAUGCAGGGUAUGGAAGGCAUGGGUAACCCUCACGCCAUGAUGCCAGGACAUGGAGGAGAGACCAUGCAGUCAAUGGGUCAAGGGCCUCCACCACAGUUCAUUGAAUUGAGACACAACUCACAAAGACUACCCCUACGACCUCAGUUUAUACCCCGUGUACCCCAGCCGAGACAACGGCACUUUGUCCCUCAGCAAGAGAUGGCAGCAUCUUUUGUUCAGCAACAUCCAAUGGGUCAAGCUGGUGGCAUUCAAACUGACGGGGGCAGCAACUCGCAUCUUAGGUUACAGCAGGGUGGACUUCCAGCUUUAAUGCCUCAGUCAACAGGCCCAAUAACACAGCAUCCCCACCUGCAGCACCAGGCAGCUACUUCCAAUACAAGCAUUCCUAGCACUGAGCAGCAUCAUCUCCAACAACCAAGCCUGGUCACACACUCCCAGCCUGCAACAGCAGUGAGUAAUGAGGAGCUGCCAGAACCUGACCUUGAAGGCCUUGGGGAUGCCCCAGGGGAUGGAGGUGUGGAUGAUGAGGAUGAUUUGGCUCUGGACUUGGACCCUGACAAGGGAGAUGAUGACUUGGACAACUUGGACAACCUGGAGACCAAUGAUCCACAUUUAGACGACCUGCUUAACAGUGACGAGUUUGACCUGCUGGCUUACGCUGACCCUGAACUGGACCAAGGAGACCCGAAAGAUGUCUUCUCAGACCAGCUCCGGUUAGUGGAAGCAGAGAGUGAAGCACCUGCAUCUUCCUCUGGAUCUGCACAUGUUAAAGUGGAAGUAAAAGCCAAGUUGGAGCCAGGGCAGAAGUGUCUCACAACAGUUGCUGGCACUGCAAGAGGGUCUGCUACUCAACUGCCACCCUCUGCAGACAUAUGUGAUAUCUCCAAGGUCAAAAUAGAGGACAGAGGUAUGACUCAGAUGCAUCCAGGACACACUGUGGUAAAAGAUGAGUUUGGAGAGGCUGUGUCAAUGCUUCUUGGUGGGACCACGCCAUCUUCCAAGUCUGCACAACCAGAUAACCAGUCAGCUUCACUCAGUUCUGUUCGGUUAGGGGGACUUCAGUACCCCCUCCCAGGACAAGCUGGUGGAUUGCCUUUUCCUUCAGCUGCUUCACAUUCAAAUAUGAAUGAUGAUCCACUGGGUCUGCCUGAUGUAGGUGGACAGCACUCCCCUGCUGUAGAUUUGGCAAAGGUAGAGAGCUCUUUAGAUGGUGAGCUGCCCCUUCUUAUACAGGAUCUGCUGGAGCAUGAGAAGAAAGAACUACAGAAGCAGCAGCAACAACAACAACAACAGCAGCAGCAACAACAACAACAACAACAACAGCAGCAGCAGCAGCAGCAACAACAACAACAACAACAGCAGCAGCAGCAGCAGCAGCAUCUCAGCUCCCUCCACCAGGGAGGCAUGGCGCCUCAUUUUCCUGGCAUCUCAAGUCAACAACAGCCGCACCCUCAGACUCCGGGCCAGAUAAUGCUGCCACACCACCAUCGUCCACCACCACAGGGAAUGAUGGCUCAGCCAGGGAUGGUACCCCGUGCCCCGCACAUGAUGCAGCAACAACAACAACAACAACAACAGCAGCAGCAGCAGCAGCAGCAGCAGCAGCAGCAAAGACUUAUGGGAGCUGGAAUAGCCCCUCCCAUGAUCAUGGCCCAGCAGCAAGCCAUGGUGAGGAUGGGGCAGCCGGGGAUCCACCCGGGUGUCGGUCAUCAACCGCAGCCGCAGCCUGGGGUUAAACUGCCUCUGGCCAACAACUUCUUCCCAGAUAAAGAUUUGGACAAAUUUGCUACCGAUGACAUCAUGGAUCCAAUUGCCAAGGCAAAGAUGGUGGCCCUUAAGGGUAUCAAGAGAGUGUUGGCACAGGAUCCAAUGGCUGUUCCCCCUGGCAUUAACAGGCAACAAGUGUCUCUGCUUGCUCAGAGGCUGUCCUCUGCCCCCGGCACAGAUCCAAAUCAGCCUACACUUGUACCUCCAAAGGAGGGAGAAACAAGUGAUCCUACCGUGUCGAGACCUAACCCGCCUCAGUUUGUGCAAGGAAUCAUCAAUGAUGCAGAACAGCACCAAUAUGAAGAAUGGCUUCUGCACACCCAGCAGUUACUCCAAAUGCAGUUAAAAUUCUUGGAGGAACAGAUUGGAGUUCACCGCAAAUCACGCAAAGCACUGUGUGCUAAGCAACGCACUGCUAAGAAAGCUGGCAGGGAGUUUGCUGAGGCAGAUGCAGAGAAACUAAAGUUGGUAACAGAAGAGCAGAGCAAAAUUCAAAAACAGCUUGACCAGGUACGCAAGCAGCAGAAGGAGCACACCAAUCUCAUUGCAGAGUACAGAAGCAAACAGCAGCAGCAUCAACAAAGCUCAGGUAUUCUUACCCCAGGUCAUUCUGCACAGGCGGCCCCUCCUCACAUGUUUCCCAAGAUGCCUGGCCAGAUGAUGAUUGGCCAACAGGGAACACCAGUAAUGGGCCAACACCCUGGUGUGAUGCCCCAAGGUGGAAUGCCUGUCAGGAUGCCUCAGGGGCAGCCUUUUGUUGGUGGAGCCCAACCCCAGCUUCCUGCAGCCAUGGGAGCCAGCGUUGCCAGGGCCCCUGGUCCACCUGGUGCUCCAACAGGAUUCUUCCCACAGGGGCCUGGAAUUCAAGGUGCAGACCCCAGGCUUCUCCAAGAAAGACAGCUUCAACAUAGGAUGCAAAUGGCAAAGCUCCAGCAGCAACAGCAGCAACAACAGGUGAUGAUGGGGCAGCAACCGAUGCCACACCCAAAUCAACCGCCUGGCUUAGUCCCCCAGCCACCGCCCGGCAUGAUGGGGAACCCACUUAUGGCCCAACAGCAAGCAAACCCUCAACAGGGAAUGCUAGUCAACCAGGCCAAUCAGCAGAGUAUGGUGCAUGUCCCACAAGGAAUGGUUGGAGGCCAGUCUGUGGCUCCACUUCCACAGAACCUCGCAGGAGGCCAGCCUAUGAACCAUGCUCAAGCCAUGAUGGCAGUUCAACCAGGGAUUAUGGGAAACCCCACUGUUGCACCAUCACAGCAACAGAGGCCUCAGCUGGUGGUGGGUCAGCAGGGAAUGGUUGGUUCUCCGGGUCAUCCUGUGCUCAGGGGUCCCCAGACCCAAUUGACUCCACAACAACAGAGCAUACUGGCCCAACGCAUGGCUGCAUCUCAGCAACAACAACAACAACAGCAGCAGCAGCAACAUGUUGCAAAGAAUAUGGCACACCUUCAGCAGCAGCAGAUGGCACAGCAAAGACAAACACAGUUGAUCAGUCAGUCCAGCCAAGAGCAAGGAGUUCUCUCCCAACCCUCUACCCCACAGAUGGGCUCCUCGCCUUCAGCAGGAAGUAUCACACCCCAGCCACAAGCAGCUACUGAUAACCAAAACUCAGGCCCCAAAGAGGGUGGGAUCCUCAGCCCUGAUUCAAGAACGCCACCACAGCAUAGUGGACCCUCAACACCCAAUCAGAUGUCCCACCUAGGCUCUGCAAAUGAUCAUCAGAAUGACUUGGGACGACAGCAGUUACAACAGCAGCAGCAGCAACAGCAGCAACAGCAACAGCAGCAACAGCAGCAACAGCAGCAACAGCAGCAACAGCAACAGCAACAGCAGCAGCAGCAGCAGCAGCAAAACCAGAUGUAUAUGGCUCAGCAGCAACAAUUAAAUCCCCAGUCUGCCCCUGAGCAACAAACAGGCUUGGUUGAAAAUCAACAAGCUGUUGUGCUUCAGCAACAUCAGCAACAACAUCCUCUCACUCUCCAGAGGCAAGGGUCCCUCGGUGUUGACAAGCCUAUGAUGAUGACCAUAAAGGAGGAAGUCAAACCAAUUGAAUUCUUGGCUCAUCAGCAACAACAGCAAGCAGGUCAAAAUGCCAUGCAGCAAUCACAAGACCCCAACCUCCAGCAGCAGAUCAUAGGCCAGAACCAUCCUGGCCAGCCACAGCCUGUUGUGAUGGGUCAUAAUCCACAACAACAACAACAACAACAACAACAAGCCCUCAUGGCCCAGCAGCAAAAGCAACAGGCCAUGAUGGGCAUGAUGAGAGCCCAGCAGCAAGGGAUGAUAGCGCAGAGGCCUGUGGGUCCACCUGGACAGAUCCGCACCCUCAACAUCCAGGCCAUAAUUGCUCAGAAUCCCCAGCUUCGUAAUCUUCCUCCAAACCAGCAGAUUCAGCACAUCCAGGCCAUGAUUGCCCAGAGGCAGCUCCAACAGGGACAGAUGUUGCGGAUGUCCAUGGGACAAGGUCAGUUAAGGCCUAACAUGCCACAGGGACAGAUGCCACAGGGACAGAUGCCACAGGUUGUGCAGCAGAUGCCAUAUGGAGCCAUGGGGAAACCAGGAGCAGUGGGCCCUCAGCAACAACCGGGCAUGGUGGGUCAACAACCUGCUGUGGCUCCCCAAAUGCAGCAAGGGAUGAUGGUCCCCGGGCAACAACAGCAACAGGUGGGAGAGAUGAUGCAGCAACAUAUGAUGAGAGGCCAGGUGCCAGUGCCGCCUUCCCCAUUGGACCAGGGCCGUAUGGUAAGACCAACAUCUCCACGUCAGCCAAUAGCCAACUCUCCUGGGCAUCCAUUUAAUCCAGCUAUGGGGAUGCGUCCACCCACUCCCAACCAGAACCAACAAGCAAUGAUGGCAGCUGCAGCAGGCCGCAUGCCGGGUUCUCCAUCCCAUGCAUACUCACCUAGAGGGCCCUUCGGCAUGAGCCCAGCCCACCCGGCCUCACCUCACUCAUCGCAUGUUUCCUCACCUUCUAUAGCUGACAGUAGGGCUGGAAGGGGGAGUCCGUACAGCCACGUCAAGGCAUCUCCACUCAGGUCACCUGGAGCCAAGAGUCCACUCGAUUGUCCAGGAAUGAAAAUGGAAGCUCAGAUAUCAGGCAAUGAAAUGUCUCACCCAGGCUCAGUUAUUCCCAACGGUCCACAGAAAGUCAUGAAUAUUCAGCAACAUGUGCAGCAGGUCUCAGAGAGCCACGGUCCUCACACACAACAUGGCUCUAGAGUAGGAGAGAUAUACAAGAUGACCCUACAGAACAUUAAACAGGAGCCAAGGGAGUUUCAUUGUGAUGGUGCGCCAGAGGCUCAUUCUGGGGCUAUAAAGAGAGAGGCAACGGGGGAGGCAGUUACUUCUGCUAACAACACCUGCUUCAUCAAUGCUGGAGAUCCUGGGAGUCAAGGCCCUCGCCCUGAAACUGGACAGCAACUACUUCAGAAACUCCUGAGAACCAAGAACCUUCAGCUUGGUGCCCAAAGGCCCUCUGAAGGAAUCCACAAUGAAAUAAAUGGCCACAUUAACAGUAAACUAGCAAUGCUGGAGCAAAAACUUCAAGGAACUCCACGAAAUAUGGAGGAUUUACAGUCUAUAACCAAAAGGUCUCCGGUACAAAAGCCAAAGCGCAGUAACAAGGCAGCUGGAGACCGAGGCCCUAAUGCACGGAAGAAGAAUAAGAAGGAAGAAGUUGGAAAAAGUGCUGAAGCCCUGUUAAAGCAACUCAAACAGGGUCUCUCUCUACUGCCCCUGAUGGAGCCUUCAAUCACUGCCAGCCUGGAUCUGUUUGCCCCUUUCGGAAGCAGCCCAGCCAACGGCAAAGCCCAGCUCAAAGGAUCCUUUGGAAAUGCAGUGCUGGACAAUAUCCCCGACUAUUAUUCACAGUUACUCACAAAGAGUAACCUUAGCAACCCCCCAACACCUCCAUCCUCGUUGCCACCUACUCCUCCGCCUUCAGUCCAGCACAAGCUGCUGAAUGGAGUGACUUCUGGGGAGGAGCUGUCUGAGGGUCAGAAAGACACCGAGACAGCAGAAGAGCCAAUGGAUUCUGUGAAAGAGGAGGUGAAGAGUGUAGACAUCCUAGCAGCUCUCCCCACCCCACCACACAACCAGAAUGAGGACAUCAGGAUGGAGAGUGAUGAUGAGGACGCUCCAGAAAGCAUCAUUCCGGCAUCUUCCCCUGAGAGUAACGUAGGAGAUGAAACGCCACGUUUCCCUCAACUACGGGAGCCCAAAGAGGAGGAGACGGAGAGAGCAAUAUCCCCAAUCAUCCCCCUCAUACCUCGCACUGCCAUCCCAGCAUUCCCUGAAAACAAACCAUUUGAAGCAUCCGAUAGCAAGGUAGUUUCCACCACCAACAAUUGGGACAAGGCCAAAAACAACGAAGUGGCCGUCACCUUCACCCUGUCCUCUGCUGCAGCCAAGAAACUGAACCACGUCAUGUUGGCCAUGGCCCAGCUGCUUAAUAUACGGAUGCCAGGUUCUUAUGAGGUGACGUUCCCAACCCAAAACCCUGACAUGUCUGGAGUGGAGGGGCCUGGAAAAGGACCCGAGCAGUCGGGGGCUUUGUGUACAAAGGACGGGGCUUCACUCAGUCAGGAUGAGUGGCUAAGGCAAUUUGACGUGUCUCUACCAGGCUGUACGUUGAAGAAACAAGUGGACAUUCUGGCUCUCAUAAAACAGGAGUUCCCAGACGGAGAAGACAAACCGGCUCUGCACUGUUACACCACCAAAGUCUCUGACUUAGAUGUUCGCCACCUUCCGGCUAUUCCAGUGGAAGAAUCUCCCCCUCCAUCGCCUUCCCCUCCAUCGCCUUCCCCUCCACAUCCUCCUCCAUCGGUCCCAGCUCCCACUUGUGAAGCCGAACCCUCCAACAAAUCAGCUUCUCCAUCUCCUCCUUCCUCCAGUCCUACCCUUCAGAUCAAGAUCAAGACUGAGCCUGAACCUGAACUGGGUGAUGGUCCUCCUAUUGAUGCUGCUCAACCAACUGAUGUCACAGAGUCUGGUGUUGCCCCUCCAGAGUCUCAGAAGGCUGCACCACAGUCGGAAGAUAACACACCAGAGUCUAAAGAUCUUGCAACACAGUCUAAAGAUGCUGCUGCAGUGUCUGAGGUUGCUGCUCCAGAAUCUGAAGUUGCUGUUCCAGGAUCUGAGAUUGCUGUUCCAGGAUCUGAGGUUGCUGCUCCAGAGUCAGCCUGUGAUCCAGCAUCUGCCUCUGAAGCUCCAGUUCCUACUGAUCUUACUCCUUCUGAAGAUCGUCUGAGUCUUGCUAUCAAGGAGGAGAACUUGGCCACUGAUCUUGAUCAACCAACUAAAGAUUCGGCACACAUCAUGGAGUCUUCCCCAAAGGCUAUCAAGCAGCGCAGGCCGCUCUCCCCUGAUGAGGUGAUACAUCCCAAACAGAAGAAAUGGAAGGGGAUUCGCUGGAAGCGCCUUCAGAUUGUCAUCACGAUACGUAAGGGUGGGUCUAAGAAAGAGAGCAGCCGCGAGGUGUCGGAGCUAAUGGAACGCCUUCGCAUUACUCUACGACCAGACAAACUUCCUCGAGAUAAACGUAAAUGCUGCUUCUGCCACGAGGAAGCUGACGGAGCCACAGAUGGGCCGGGCCGGUUGCUCAACAUUGAUGUGGACUUGUGGGUGCACCUCAACUGUGCCCUGUGGUCCACAGAGGUGUAUGAGACGCAGGGCGGGGCCCUUAUCAAUGUGGAGGUAGCCCUGCGUCGCGGAUUGCGGACUCUUUGCGCAUACUGCCAGAAAACAGGGGCCACAAACGGCUGCAACAGAAUGCGCUGCCCGAAUGUUUACCACUUCGCCUGCGCCAUUAGGGCACGCUGCAUGUUUUUCAAGGACAAGACCAUGUUGUGCACCCAGCACAAGCUGAAGGGCCCCAGUGAAGAUGAACUCGGCAUGUUUGCUGUUUUACGGCGUGUGUACAUUGAGCGUGACGAGGUGAAGCAGAUUGCCAGCAUCUUACAGCGGGGUGACCGUAUCCACCUUUUCCGUGUGGGUGGUCUCAUCUUCCAUGCUGUUGGCCAGUUGCUACCAUCCCAGAUGGCCAACUUCCAUUCGUCCACUGCCAUCUUCCCUGUUGGCUAUGAGGCCACACGCAUCUACUGGAGCACACGUGUGCCCAACAAGCGCUGCCGCUACCGCUGCCGCAUCAACGAGGACGAUGGUCGCCCUCUGUUCGAGGUGCGUGUUCUGGAGCAAGGCAUGGAGGAUCUGCAGUACCGGGACACUACUCCAGAAGGGAUCUGGGAGCGGGUGGUUCAGCAGGUUGCUAAACUCCGAGAUGACUCGGCCAUGUUGAAGCUGUUCACUGAGCAUGUCAAGGGAGAGGAGAUGUAUGGCCUCACAAUUCAUGCUGUCAUGCGUAUCACUGAGUCGUUGCCUGGAGUGGAGAAUUGCCAGAACUACCAGUUUCGAUACGGCCGUCACCCUCUGAUGGAGCUCCCUCUCAUGAUCAAUCCCUCUGGCUCUGCUCGCUCUGAGGCCAAAGUCCCCACACAGAUCAAGAGGCCUCACACUCUAAACAGCACCAGCGUGUCGAAGGCCUACCAGAGCACCUUCACUGGAGAGCUCAACACACCGUACAGCAAGCAGUUCGUCCACUCCAAGUCGUCCCAGUAUCGACGGCUGAAGACUGAGUGGAAGAACAACGUGUAUCUGGCACGGUCGCGCAUCCAGGGCCUGGGGCUGUACGCUUCCAAAGAUCUGGAGAAGCACACGAUGGUCAUCGAGUACAUCGGAACCGUCAUACGCAACGAAGUGGCCAAUCGGCGGGAGAAGAUCUACGAGGAGCAGAACCGUGGGAUCUACAUGUUCCGCAUCAACAACGAGCAGGUGAUUGAUGCCACUCUGACAGGAGGUCCAGCUCGGUACGCCAACCAUUCCUGCGCCCCAAACUGUGUUGCAGAGGUGGUCACAUUUGACAGAGAAGACAAGAUUAUCAUCAUUUCCAGCCGCAGGAUCCCCAAAGGGGAAGAGCUGACCUAUGACUACCAGUUUGACUUCGAGGACGAUCAGCACAAGAUCCCUUGCCAUUGUGGAGCCUGGAAUUGCCGAAAGUGGAUGAACUAACCAGAAGAAAGAAAAAUGGAGAAUUCCCCUCUCACUGGUGCCAGAACACUCCUGCGCCAAAGCCUUUGAAUCCUACAUAGCCAGUGCAUAAGCUGUUUUGAGAGAUGUGGAGGAAGGCCGGCCUCCAUCACUGAGAGACUAAAGCGUUGACACCUGUAGCCAAAGGUUUGAAGAGCAUUAAUCAAUAAAAGCAACCGACCUCCUCCAUCAACAGCAGCUUGAUGGUGGGACUUACUUUCAUGUUUGGACUAGUGAAUCACCUUUUCCUCAGCCAAAACCCUUUCCCCCCCCCCCCCUCGACUGUUCUUAAUACUCUUUACAGUGGCUGGAAUACAAUCCUCAACAUCUACCAAAUGAUUCUGACCCUCUGGUAUCAAUACUCGUAGUGGAGAGCUCAGCUGGAGCUUCGACAAAAAGCCAUUUUAAAAUACUAAGAAUGAACUAAUGAUGCAUUUUUAUGUUUUAAGUCGGACCUAUUUCCUGUCCCACCUGACCACACCUCCCCCCCCUCAUCUCCCAGAAAAAGGCACUUUCCCCAUCAAGUCACCAAGACAACACGGAUAUUGGCUAGCUAGACAAUCUUGAUGUGGCUCUGUGUAAGAACUACAUAUGAUCGAUGGAAAAAAAAAAGAUGAAAGUUAAUAUAAAAUUUGAGAUGCUAUUGAUCUGUGGCUCCAGUGGCACCAGAUGUUCUGACUGUGUGGAGUCCCAUGGUGGGUUAGUUGGACCCAGUCUACCUCAUUGAUUUAUCGGGAAGCGACUGCUUUGUAUAAAAACUGUUAACUGCUACUGUGGAACGGGGGGGGGGAAAGGGGGAAUGUUUUUAUGGGCCUUCUCGGACAAGCAGGGAAUCUUAAGCAGCAGGUUUGCUCUAUCUACUCUAUGCUGAUGAUGAUUUACAAUAAUGAGCCAACAUAAUUAUUAUUCAUGAAUUGUUUAUACAGAGGAAAUAUAUGACAGUUUUGAUAAGAUAUUGCAUUAAAAAUCACAAUCAGAAGCUUAGCGGGUGUCCUGUAUGCCACCAAAUCCUCCUGGAUGUAGCUUUUUCUUUUCUUUUUUGUUCUUUCUAUUUAUGCGUCUCAGAAAACCAUGUUAUGAGCUGUGUGAAAGCACAAUAAUAUCCACCUUUUUUAAGUUGCUGAAAGACAGUAAUGGUGUGAGUGAAUGGCUCUAGGAUCAUGGGAUAAGCAGUCUUUGAAGAAGACUACGAUGUCUGAAAUUAACCAAUUACACAUUUGCUUGUUGCUUCAUACAUUGAAUUUCCACUUGAUGAAAAACCAGCUGGUGGAUGCAUGACUACUGUCCCAUGAAAUGCUUUUUAUUCUCCCCAAUCUUUUCACAACUCAACCUUGAACUUUGAAUCAUGCCUCUUCCUCUCUGUAUGAUUUAGUGGACUGUUGUUAAACUUGACUGUAGUAAGUCUUCCUCUGCCUGAGUACAGCCUGCAGUGUUUCUACUUCCCCUGUAGUGUGCUGGUACUGUUCUCUUGAGGCUGAACUGACAGCAGGGAAAGACUUAUUGAAAAAAAAGGGCAUUUGUUUUCAUUUCUAUGUAAGAUGAAUGAAAAAGUCUUUAAAGGGAGCUUUACUAAAACUUCCUACCUUCCCAUACUACUUUGUUUCCUCCUCCCCCUAACCUAAGACCUCACAUGAUUUUAAAAUGCAAAGUUGUACAAACUGUAUAUAUAGUAUAUGCAUUAGGGGACAGCAACUCUUUAUCAAACCCCUUUGUAAUCAAUAAAGUCAAAAGUGUAGAGAAAUAAAAUUGAAAAAAAAUCAACCACUGGAUAUCAUUUUAACAAAGAUAAAGCUGUAUAUAAAUAUAAAUAUAUGUAAAAUGGCAAACUAAUAUCUUUAUGUAUAUGAACCAGAGUGUUUUGCAUUUACCUGUUUUUCUAUUAGUGUUUUUGCUAUAAGCUCUCAGAGACAAGUUUGUUAAAAUAGGUUUGAGAAUAAUGUCUUCUCCAAUCAAUUGUGACGAGAAGCUGGUGUGAACUGUUUGGAUUCAUGUGGAGGUCGGUAAUUAGACAUGAAAAUCCCUUCUUGCGUAAAGCAGUACAAUGGUGCAUAGCAUUUGUAUUUAUGUAAUAUUGUUUGUGUUUAUUUUCUUUUUAUUUAUGCUACUGCUUGUUGAUUACCAAAACUUGUCCCUUAAUCGGUCACAAUUGGAUUAAUAUACUCUUGAAUGGAAAAUCUUGAAUCCCUAGAAUAUUGUUAGUGUUUCGCUUUUUUAUAUCUUCCCUAUAGAAGUGAAUGUGUUGGUAAACCUUGUGAAAUGGUUACUUGGCCUAAUGUAUGUUAUGAUGUAAUACUCAAAGUUAAUCCCAUACUUAUUCUGGUAAUGAAUUGCACUCUCAUAGUAUAACGGAGAAUUUCUCUAAAGUGGUAGAUAUUGAUCAAGUAUCCGAAGCAGUGAUAUAUAUAUUUUUUGGUAUGUUUCUAUUUCAAGGGAAGACCAUGAUGAGACAUUAUGCCGCUCACUGGAUUUUAGCCUGAAUAAUUUUUAACUUCUCUAAAUCUUAAUUUAAGUUCUCUGCAUAUCUUAUAAUUUAAUAAAGUUUGCUCAAAUUGAAGGUUUUUUUUAACCUCACCUACUUUUUAAAAAGACGUUGCAUCUGUACAGCAGAGAUACUUUUAGGGAAUAUGAAUAAAUCUAAUGAUCAUUUUUAUUGUAUGUGGCAUGUUUUGUAUGGAUAUUAUUUUGAAUUGUACAUAUUUUUUUCAGGACGCCAGAGGUUGCAUCUCUUUAUAUACAGCUGUCCCACUCCCCUUUCCCUUCAUCUUAUUUCUUUGUCAGCUUUUGUUUCUUGUAAAGGAAAAUAAAAUGCAUUUUAAAUAUG